GUAAUAAUGUAAUAAAAUCCGCUCCUUUGAUUUUUUUUAUAUUUUCUAUAUUUAUUUAUUUUCUCUUUCCCAUUCUCCUCAAAACCCUAAUUUCUCACAUCUGUAAAGAAAAAUUCUCCCUAAACUUAACCCUCCUGUAGAAAAAAAAAAAAACCCUGGUAAUUAUGAGUGUUUUAGGAGAAAUUCUUCUGAAAUUAAGAUUCCGCCAUGGAAGCUUUUGAUCUUUCUCUUCACUAGUUUUACUUAAUUUUCAACACACAAUAACAAAAACAAAAAAAUCUCUUUGCCCCUUUUCUCUGAAUCUUACGUCCUCUGGAUCUUUCUUCUCUCUCUCUCUCUCUUGUCUAUACUUUAAGUGUCUGUCUGAAGAAGCUUGAAUCUGUCGUGAUCAUCAAGAUUCAAGUUCUGUCUUUUUGAGUCUUUUUCUUCUACUUCUAUUGAGUUUCUCUUCCUUAAUUGUCGGAAUCAGAAUCUUUUCAGAUGGAGGAGAGAGAAGGAACUAACAUCAACAACAUCCCAACCAGUUUUGGUCUGAAACAACAUGAAACUCCUCUUCCUCCUCCUGGUUACCCACCACGGUCUGAAAACCCUAAUCUUUUUCCGGUGGGUCAAUCCAGCACUUCCUCCGCCGCCGCCGCGGUGAAACCUUCUGAGAAUGUUGCUCCUCCUUUUAGCUUAACAAUGCCGGUGGAGAAUUCUUCUUCUGAGUUGAAGAAGAAGAGAGGGAGACCAAGAAAGUAUAACCCUGACGGCUCACUCGCUGUGACUCUCUCUCCUAUGCCUAUCUCAUCCUCCGUUCCGUUGACGUCGGAGUUUGGUUCUCGGAAACGAGGAAGAGGUCGAGGAAGAGGCAGAGGAAGAGGACGAGGACGUGGACAAGGACAAGGAAGCAGAGAGCCCAAUAACAACAACAACGACAACAAUUGGCUCAAGAAUCCUCAGAUGUUCGAAUUUAACAACAACACUCCUACUUCUGGUGGAGGAGGACCUGCUGAAAUUGUCAGUCCAAGUUUUACACCUCAUGUGCUCACAGUAAAUGCCGGUGAGGAUGUGACAAUGAAGAUAAUGACAUUCUCUCAACAAGGCUCGCGUGCUAUUUGUAUUCUUUCAGCGAACGGUCCCAUAUCCAAUGUUACACUUCGUCAAUCUAUGACAUCUGGUGGUACUCUCACUUAUGAGGGUCAUUUUGAGAUUCUUUCUUUGACGGGUUCGUUUAUACCAAGCGAGAGUGGAGGAACCCGAAGCAGAGCUGGUGGGAUGAGUGUCUCUCUUGCAGGACAAGAUGGUCGUGUCUUUGGUGGUGGACUUGCUGGUCUCUUUAUUGCCGCUGGUCCUGUUCAGGUAAUGGUAGGGAGUUUUAUAGCGGGUCAGGAGGAAUCGCAGCAGCAGCAGCAGCAGAUAAAGAAGCAAAGAAGGGAAAGACUCGGGAUCCCGACAACAACACAAGCUUCUAAUAUCUCAUUCGGUGGCUCAGCGGAAGAUCCUAAGGCUAGAUACGGGCUCAACAAGCCUGUUGUUAUUCAGCCACCACCGGUGUCUGCACCACCUGUGUCCUUUUCGCAUGAACCAAGUACUAACACCGUCCAUGGUUACUAUGCAAAUAACACAGCUAACCAUAUCAAGGAUCUCUUCUCUUCCCUCCCUGGAGAAGAUAGGGAAGAAGAUGAGGAUGAUUUAGAAGGUGAAGAUGAUGAAGAAUUCGGAGGCCAUAGCGAAUCUGACACCGAGGUUCCAAGCUGAUGAUCGAUGGAAAGAAUCCGACAUAUAUGUGUUAUGAAUCUUGAGUUGUUUUAUUUCGGUGUCUUCAGAUUUUUUUAGAGCGUAAUGGUAUUUUUUUUCUUUCAGAUUGUUAGUUGUUAAAGUCUUAAACAGAGAUAUUUCACUAAAAGUUAGGGUUUACUAGAGGAUGUAAUCUUUAGGGUUCUUUGACUUGUGUCUUUCUUUUAAUCCUCAGAUGGUUGUUGUAGGCUUGUAGCCAAUCUUAGUGUGUGUUCAAACUCUCUCCUUCAAUCAAACUCCCCAAUGACUUCAUUUUGAAAUUCGACUGAAUUUUAUUGAUUCAUCUUUUAUAGCAUCUAUCUACAUAGUACAUU